UCUUAUGUCAACUGAUAAGUAACUGUUGAUUUUGCUCAUGCUUAGUCCUAGUGUUUGUGAUCUUGUCAACAAAAACAAAUAAUAAAUGAUCUUAUGUAAACGCUACACGACAUCCAAAUCGUUUAAAAAUACACUUUCUAAUUCCUAAUAGCUAAAACAGGCAUUAGCCGGUGGCGAGUAAUGGACCAAUAAGUUCGCCAAGAUACAUUGACUCUAAAAUUAACAUAAUUAUAACGUAUGUUUGGUGACGCGUUUCACUUUCGAUUUCAAAUUUUUUAUGUAAAAGCAUAGAGUCCAAUGAGCAAAUCAAGAUGCUGCGUCAAGUGUGUUUUUGGCACCUUUCUGUACAUAUCGAUCGUUCUUGUGCUCGUGUUCAUCAUAGCAUUUGUGAUUGUGCCUGUUGUGUUUAAGUAUAGCAUCGGCAUACAGAGGAGCAUCAUUUUUCCUACAUGGAUCAUUUCUCCAAAGAAUUACUCGGACAUAGAGAAAUUCAAAAUCAAAGGAGUAAGAAAUUUCUAUCUAGAUGUGCCAAGAGAUGGUGAUAUAUCAGACAACAUCACGUUAGGCUUAUGGCAAAUUUUACCUCAAGAUUUUCUUGGCGAUUUCAUCGCCAACGAUGAGUAUAACUAUGAGGGGGCGUUGGCUGAUAAAAACUACAAGGUUCUGCUCUAUCUCCACGGCAAUGGCCAGGAUAGAUCUGCAUCGUUAGAUUUGUAUGAUAUUUUGAGAUGGUAUUUUCUCAUUGUUGCUGUAGAUUAUAGAGGAUAUGGUGAUUCUUCUAAAGCUGAACUAACAGAGACAGCGAUUGUCGAGGACAUAGUCUAUGUGUACAAAUGGCUCAAAAACCAAACAAACUCAAAAAUAUACGUUUGGGGACACUCAUUGGGCACGGGUGUGGCUACCCACUUAAUCUCAAAUUUGAAGGCAGAAAAUAUCAGUUCAAACGGCCUGAUAUUAGAAACACCAUUCACUUCAGUUACGGAUGUUAUGCAAGAACAUCCGGUGAUGGCGUUCUACUCGUUUUUACCUUGGUUUUGGACCACGAUGAUUGAGCCUAUAAAGUACAAUGACUUUGAUUUUGAUUCAAAAAAAUAUAUUUUGAAUGUUGACAAUCCGAUAAUGAUUUUACAUGCCAAGGAUGACGAUAUCAUCUCCUACCAUUUUGCUACACAGCUGUACAAUAUAGCAGUGAACAAUAGAAAUGAUACAUAUCAAGGAAAUGUCACAUACCACCUGUUUGAGUCACGUGGUUAUAUGCACAUGUACUUAUAUAAAGCCCCUGAAUUACCUGAAUACGUUAGGUAUGAUUUUAUUUAACAGCGAACAUCUUUGCAGAUUUGUACAAAAGUAAAUACACCAAUUUUAAGAAUGAACCAUUCAGUCUGUAAAUGUUCCGUUUUCGAUAUAUCCAAUACAAAAAACGACUAAUAAAAAAAUCUCCAAAUAAACUGAUGCGCAUCGAAUUUUCUUUUCUAGGUAAUUUUUUUCGAAUAAGGCACCAAUGCACAGCAUCUUGAAAAUGAAUUUAUUUCAGGAAAAUGCGUUAUAUUUUGCGUUUCAGUUGUCACCAAAUAUUCGUUCAUCGAAAUGUAAAAUUCUUGUAGCAUUCCAAUCGUAAUUAAUCAAGGAUCGUGAUAUCAGGAUUUACAUAAAAUUAAUUUAAAUUUAUUGAAAUGAAGGCAAUGUGGCCUUAUUGGUACCUAACGGUUUUUUGGAUAUAGAGACGCAUUUUUUUUAAUAAAAAAAUUAUAUAAAUGUUUGUAUGGUCACAUAUUUUAGGUUCUGAAGUGCCCUGUAUGGAAAAAAUUCAUACGGUUUCUAUUUUUUUCCAGAGAAUUCCUAGAAGAUUGUGAUAAGUUUGACAACAGAAACCAGUAGUCUCAAAUACUCGUGUUAGUACAAAUUUGAAAUUUUGUCAAGUGAUAUUUGUUCAAUUUUACAUUAUUAUAUAGACAUUGUCAGUAUUUUUAGAAAUUUUAAUAAAAACUGUUAUGGAGAAUA